UUUACUUAGACACUUAAUCAAAGAUGGCGUCCAAACGUCUCAAUUUUUGACAAUUUCGUGUUAUUUCGCACUAAUUCGUAGAAUUUUGGUCCAAAAACCGAUCAAAAAGUCACCCACACGUAAAAUUCUCGAAAAAUUGGUGUCCCACCGGUUGUUAGAAAUUUCUAGGUUAGCUUGUCAAAAUGACGUCCAAUAUGGAAUGUUGUGUACCUACGUGUCCCGGCCCCGGGAGAAUCCUCUACAGGUUUCCAAUCCCUGACAUGGAGUCUUCGACGUUUAAGGAGUGGGUUCAACGGAUUAACGUUCCGUGGAUGCAGUCACUUCCCGAGAUUCGAAUUUACAGCAAAUACCGAGUUUGUGACUUGCAUUUCACUAACCAAAGUCGACAUAAGGACAAAACUCGCUUGAAAAAAGGGAGUUUACCGACUUUGUUUCUACCAGGGUUCAACCAAGGCGCUGAAAUGAACCCAGAGGAGGAACAAAACCAAGAACAUUAUUGGAAAUUUAAAUCAUUAAAAAGUUUUAAUAAGAAACUCAAGGAGUUUAAGGAGAUUUGCCGCAUUUGUUUUAAGUCACACAACGAGGAGGAUGUGGUUAAACUAUACGGAGAUGACAAAGAAGUUAAGACUAUUUUAAACAUGAUUGUGGAAGUUUUGCCCGAUUUGGACCACGGAUUGUUUCUGAAUAUGGUCAUUUGUGUAAAAUGUAAAGAACAUUUGGCUAUAAGUUACGAAUUGAAGAAAACAUGGCAGUCCACUGAAGACAAACUGCGAGAAUUGGUCCCUUUUGCAAUCAACGGUGAAGAUUUCGUAAUUUUUGAAGAAAAAAGAACGAAAUUUGAAUAUAACGACCACAACUACGCCCGUAAAGUUAGGGAAAUCGCCCCUGAUGAUUCCUACAACGAAAACUACUUCAAACAGCUCCAGAAACAAAUCCAUCGCUUAGGCAAAGGCCCCCAUCUUUGUGACGUCUGUGGCCGCCUUUAUACCGAGAAAGAGGCCUUUCAAAACCACAAAAGACGCCACAUGAGUCCCCAGUACAAACCCACAAAACCAAUGUGUGAGAUUUGUGGCAGUAUUUGCUCCUCAAUGCAAGAUUUACACAGACAUAAGUAUCGCAAACACAUCAGGACGUACAAAUGUGAUAUUUGCAACGAGAUUUUCAAAAUAAAGCAUCAAUUGUUUGUUCAUAAAAGACUGGAACAUUUCACUCGAAAAUAUUUUCAGUGUCAUUUCUGUGGUAAGAGAAUCAGAGACCGGAAAUUUUUAGAAAGCCAUUUGAAGAGUCAUGAGUCUCAGAAACAGUUCUCUUGUGAUAUGUGUGAUAAGGUUUUUUUGAAGAAGCAUACUUUGAAGAAACAUGUGGCGUGUACACAUGUGGGGCUCAAAUGCCCCAGUUGUGGCAAGUUUUUUGGCCAAAAACGCUUCCUUGAAAUGCAUGCGAAAGAGUGUCAGAAACAAGGGAUUCUUUGUAAUGUGUGUAAUGAAAAGUUUUGGAAAAAGUGCGAAUUGGACAAUCAUAGAAUUAUGGCGCAUGGAUUAGGACCUCAGUGGAAUAAAUUCUGAUAAAAUUAAGUUUUGUUUUUAUCU